AUGACUCUGCUCCCAGAAAACGCGGCGAUAGACCCCGUCGGGGACUAUGCAGUUAGCGACAUAUCCAUCGGCAAGAAAAAGCGCUCUAAUGCAGAAGCUGUUGAAUAUCCAAGAAGACGGACAACAAUAGCUGAGUUUUUGAAAGAAGAAGAUGAGGAUGAUGGAGAGGAGGAAGGCGUGGAUCAUAACCAGGGCGAAGAAGGCCAAAUAGCCAGGAAUUAUCAGGGUUCAUCACGCCCGGUAGACUCUUGGCUGGCUCUUAAGCGUGAUGAACUCUGGUACUUCCUGGAAGAGAUUGGGCUACAAAGGCUCCUCAACCGCGUCAGUCACAUCAUUUAUCGGAAAGACAGUGCCUACACUCUCGCCUCAUUAGGUCCGAUUGUAUCCGAGCUCGACUUUCAGCUAUCUCAAUGGUAUGACAGUCUUCCCGGGCCCGUUCAAUUCCCUUUGGCCCCAAAUCCUCUUUCCAAUUCGGUUCAAACGGUGCUGGGGCUUCGCUACAAUGCAUGCCAUACCAUUAUAUAUCGUCCAUAUAUCUUAGCUGUGUUUGAGAAUGAACAGGCUGGAGUGGGUGUUGCCGGUGAUGUUUGGAUGCUAUACUCCGUCAACUAG